UGGGGUUAUGGCUCCCUUAGUAGCCUGGCACCCAGAACCAUGGCCAGCAUCAACCUCUGUGGUGUCACUUAAGCCUGUGUCUCAACAUGCAGCUCUGCUGGUUGGCUUGCUCCCAGCACACCCUGGACCUGGGCCUCCCAUCUGACCAAGGCUUCUGAGUGUGACAGCAGAAGCCAGCCGUGGGGCCCCAGCAGCUCUCCCACUUGCAACUUCCUUGGAAAGAGCAGCUUGGGGGCUUUGUGAUCCAAGUCCUAAUCCUUGUCACACUCAAGAUUUAAGCUGGGCUGCCUUGCCAUGGCUGAGGGGGACACAGCCUGACAUCCUCUGUGAUGGAAUCGAGAGGCCCGAAGAAGCCCCGUCGGUAUAAGAAACGUAAAAUGAAGAGCCAGGAGAGAUUCAUCAAGAAGUUCCCUUUCAGGUUGUCUUGGUUGACGGAGCCCAGCACAGCUUACCUACAGUCUUGGAAGACCAAGAGCAACUCACUGAAGGACCAGCUGCCCUUACAGAAGAAGCUGGUGCCCACACGGUCCAUUCCUCCCCCAGGGGCUGGAGCUCCGGAAUUGACAUCACCAUUCAGCUUCUCCUCACAGCCUCCACAGCCUCCACUAUGUAACCUCUGGGAACUUAAAUUGCUGAGCCUCCGUUUCCCUAGACAAGACCUUGACAAGCUGCCUCCUCCAAAGGCCGAUGCUAACCAGCCCUACACGAGUGAGACUUCGGGGCCAAUCGAGAGCUUUCCCUAGAACAUCGACUCUCCAUGGCUCCUUUCUCAGCCACCUGCUCUCUGCUCCAAGCUGCUGCCACAGAGACAUUUGUAAAGGGGAGCAGCCUUGUAGGCCACCAAAAACCAGGAGUGGUCCAUCCCCCGCACCAAAGACCAUGCAGCACCAAUAAACUUCACAGGUUCAAAUCCCA